CCACACGGCCCGCCCCCCCGUGUUGAGAGGGUUGUGGCCACGGCGGGACUCGAGCAUCUUCAAAAGAAAAGCCAAAGCAACUCAUCCCCUUCCGCCAAACGCUUUGGCGAAAUAGACAUUAGACUUUUCGUUUAUCACGGCCAUUCGGUUUACCUCAUAGAAUAUACAUUAUAAUACACACGAAAUGCUUUUCAAAAAGACGACUCUUGCUGCAGCCUGCCUGGUUGGCGUGGCCUCGGGUGCGACUCUGGAUGUGACAAACAAAGCCGCUCUUGGUGACGCUACUCACAAGGCCGUGUCCAACCUCGUUUCUCUUUACUCGGCCGAGAAACAGGCGGGCAAAACCACAGAGGGAGCAUUUGACCAGGCAAAUGUGUCCUGGUACGUCUCGGGUAUCAUAUGGGGAAUGGUCUUUGACAACUCCAAAUACAAUGGGGACAGAGCACAAGACAAUGUUGCAGGAAGUGCAAUGUUGGAGGCGACCUUUAAAGAGACGGGCGAUUUGUUGGGCGGACCACAAAGGACAGUCCAGGAAAAGCUACGUGGGAAAUGGAACGACGAUUUGGGAUGGUGGGCGCUGUCCAUGAUGUCGGCUGUGGAGGCUUAUGAUAAGAACGUCUACAUCCCCGGCGGAGCAAAGUUCCUGGACGUGGCUGCUCUGACCUGGAACGAGAUUCUUGAGCAGUGGGAUGAAACAACUUGCAAUGGUGGUAUCUACUGGUCACGUAAUCGUGAGGACCCUAGCCCAAACAAGAGAACCUUCAAAUCUGUCAUCACCCACUCUCAGUUUGUUGAGCUUGGUGCGCGCCUUUCGAUCGCCACAGGCAACACUACCUACCUUAACUGGUCCGACAAAGUCUAUAACUGGAUGAAGACGAGUGGGCUCGUUACCGCUGACUGGGCUGUACUGGACGGUGCCAAUGCUCCUACCUGUACCCAAGUCGAUAGAACCGAAUGGUCUUACAAUGCGGGCACACUCAUGGGUGCUUUGGCCUACAUGUACAAGGCAACAAAGAUGGCUACGUAUAUGGACGACGCAAAGAAGCUUCUACCGGCCGCUGUUGGAAAGUUUACUCAAAACGGUAUCAUCAUCGAGCCAGUGUGUACAACCACUCCGGCAAUGUGUGGACGUGAUACCCCUGCCUCAAUGCCCCAGUUUGCCAAGGGAUUGUCUCAACUCUACCUUGAAGGCGACGCUGCAAUGAAGCAGCAGAUUCAAACUGUCAUCGACACCACCCUCACGUCCGCUAUCCGCAACUGCAACAACGAUUGGUGGUGUAACAAGGAGUGGCAACAGACUGCCGCCCCAGCUCAAGAUGUGUAUAACCAGUAUCCCACAGCCGAACUUUUGGUCGCUGCCUCUGCCAUUCACGGUGCCUCAGCACCCGCUGGUACACAGAAUGGACUUCCAUCCGGCCCCUCAAGCGCCUCAAACAACAACAACUCUAAUAACAAGAACUCUGGUACGAGUGGUGCCUUGGGCGGCUCACCAACAGGUUUGACAUGGGCCGCAGGAGCAGCAGUAGCAGCUGGCGUUACAUUCUUCCUAGUAUAAGUAGGAAACAUCAUUAGUGGGAAUAGGGCAGGUCUGUCAGUUGCAAUAGCGCACACUGAUGGCACGGUUCAUCCCAGACUUUUGGUAGGGUCCUCCUGUACAGUUGUAACUUUUUUCUGUCAUUUUUCUGUUGAUUGUGCAUAGUUUAAAUAAGAUAAUAAUUGAUGAGAUUACAGAGAUAUCCGUGUACUGCGCUUCCUCCUUUGUUUGAGUGGGAAUUCAUUUACAUGUGAAAUGUGCUGCGCAUAUCCGCGCUGGUAUCCGCAUUGACACGCGAACGCC